GCAUGCCCAACUCAAAGGCUUUUUACAAAUUCAAGUCAACAACUGUAUUCCUUAAACAGUUAACCCACCAACGAACCUGAUAACAAAAAAAAAAAUCUGUUUUUAAGACCCUCAACUGAUUUGAGACUCGUGAUUCCUUUUUAAAAAAGGGUUGAGACUGGCUCCUAACUUUGCAUGUACUGGAGAAAGGUGGGUUUGGAUUAAAGGGAGGUGUCUGCUUGUCAGAGGAAAGCCAGAGGAAAAACUACAUGUUAGAUACUCGGGAGGAGGAUAUCUGAGGUGAGAACAAUUGAUUAUAUGCUCCUUUGCUCACCAUGUCGUUGGUCUUUUAUAUUAUGCUACCGUUGUCUAUCGGCUUUUAAUUUCAGUACAUUGUGGCAGAUUAACAAGGGCAGGUGCUGAUAUUAAGACUGGGCCCUCUAUUUGAAUGAGGUGCAAAUGUUUUUGACAUGGAGAACCUAUAAGGACCUAAAUGAAGCACAUGCUGCAGGCACUGAACUGGUUCUUUUCGGUGUCGACGUCUGUUUAAUUAAUUUAAAGUCUGAUAUUUAAACUCCUUUUCUUCUCAAUCAUUUGCACGUUAAUGGGAAGGUUCUGAUAUUUUCAUUAAAACAAAACUGAUGUGCCUAUUUGUACAUUGAAAGGGAUAUUGGUCGCUGGAAUGAUUCUUCCUUUCCAUAUUGGCCACAAAUUUCUAGAUUUCAGUGUCUGCAAUGUGGGACAAAAUCCACAGUCCUGGUUCUGUGUAAAAUCAGUUUAAAAUGAAUAUAAGGCUUUGCCAGAGUCAGUCAAAUCAAGUGUGUAUCUUCCAAAGUUAGUCUUUACAGCAAAAUCAUGCUUCCACUGUGUUUCUUUGCAGAGCUGUGGCAGAGGGAUAGUGACACAAAGCAGUGAGUUGGUAUUAUAAAGAGUAAUUCUGGAAGAUAAACCCUUGAUUUGUAUAACUCAGACUGCCAAUGCCUCAUUCACUUAAGCUGAAAAAUGUAACUUUACACUGAACUAAUGCUGGAUUAUGUUCCACAUCACAAGAUGAAGGUCUCUUUGUGGCCAAUAUGGAUAGGAGGAAGAAUUACAGCAACCAAUCAUCCUUACUGGCAUGUCACUGAGACAUUUGAACCCAUUCUUUAAUAUUUUACACUUUACAGCGUUAUUUAUUUUAACAUAAGAUGUAUGGGGGGGACAUACACCAAUAUAUUGAAAUUAUCGCUAGGCCUCCGAGUUAACCAUAAACACGAUUCCUUUUAAUUCUUAGCAACUUGCUUGAUUACAGUCCCACUGCUAAUUGGCGCUUGCCAGUUGAUUGAGUGGUGACAGUCCAGCUGCAUAUGCUGCCUGUGUUGUUCUCUCGCGUGUGCUUGCACACUUGGUCUGGGGCAUAAGGGUGUUAAUGGAUUACUGAAAGGUGUUGACUCAGGUGUGUGUGUGUCUGAGGGUAGCACAGCGCGCACAGUGUAUUGGGAUCUAGUUGAGACACCAGCCUCAAGGUCCCAUUCCUCUCUCAUGCUCCCUCUGCCACUACUCUGUGAUCUGUCUCCUGUUUUCUUACCUUUGCUUCAUCCUGUUACUACCUCACCCUUGCACAUUAGCGGGCGCCAUUUAUCCUCUGCCUCUGGUUUCUCUUUGCAAUGUCCCCUCUCUGCGUUGCUUAACAGUCAUCUACCCUCAACAUGGAUAUCGGAGGACUGACCACAGUGGUAGCAAAUUCUGCUUACAUCAAUGCUCGUGGGAGCAUCGAUGGCUCUAACCCAGCAGCGGCCCGGGAUAAGAAGUAUCAUUCUCGCCUCAAACUGCCCCACAUCACUGUGUGUGAGGGCCUGAGGGACACCCUGGAUUUGGCCUUUGACUCAGUCUGCGUGGAGCAGCCUAUUGGCAAACGCCUCUUUAGGGAAUUCUUGAAUGCUAAUCAAGAGUAUCAUGGGGCUUGCCGUUUGUGGAAAGACAUCGAGGACUAUGACAUGGCGGAGGAUUCUGAAAGGGUGAAGAAGGCCUCAAAGAUUGUCCAGCGUUACAUGGACCCCUCUGCCAAACACUACUGCCCGUUCCUGCCUGAGGACAUCAUAGUGAAGGUGAAGGAAGGCCAGGAGGCUGUAGCCGAUGAUUUGUUUGCUGCAGCAUUGACCACGACGUUGGACUAUCUGCGGGCCGCCCCCUACACUUUCUUCCUGGAGAGCAUGUAUCUGAAGAGGUUCCUGCAGUGGAAGUGGCUGGAGAUGCAGCCCAUGGAUGCAGACUGGUUCCUAGAUUUCCGUGUGCUGGGGAAAGGUGGGUUUGGGGAAGUGUCUGCCUGUCAGACGAAAGCCACAGGAAAACUGUAUGCCUGUAAGAAACUCAACAAGAAGAGACUGAAGAAGAGGAAAGGCUAUGAGGGGGCGAUGGUUGAGAAGAGGAUUCUUGCGAGGGUUCACAGUCGCUUCAUUGUGUCAUUGGCGUACGCCUUCCAGACAAAGGAAGAACUUUGUCUGGUCAUGACCAUCAUGAAUGGAGGAGACCUCAAGUACCAUAUCUACCUGGUGGAUGAGAACAACCCAGGGUUUGAUGAGCCCAGAGCCUGUUUUUACAUUGCUCAGAUCAUCCAAGGCUUGGAGCACCUCCACCAGAAAAGAAUCAUCUACAGAGAUCUCAAACCAGAAAAUGUGCUGCUAGAUAAUGAUGGGAACGUGCGCAUAUCUGACCUGGGUCUUGCUGUGGAGCUAAAAGAAGGAAAAACAAUGACCAAAGGAUAUGCUGGGACACCAGGCUACAUGUCUCCAGAGAUGCUGAAAGGAGAGAAGUAUGACUAUUCUGUCGACUACUUCACUCUGGGAGUGACACUGUUUGAGUUCAUGGCUGCUAAGAACCCAUUCAGAAACAGGGGGGAAAAGGUUGAACGUGAGGAGAUGAAAGAGCGCAUGCUGACCCGGGUGGUGGAAUAUCCAGAGAAUUUCAGUGCGAAUGCAAAGUCCCUCUGUGAUGGCCUUCUAGCCAAAGAAGUAAAUCAGAGGAUGGGUUUUAAGAAUGAAUGCUGCGAUGAGAUCAGAGCGCACCCAUUUUUCAGUGGCAUCAACUGGAGGAAACUGAAUGCAGGUAUUCUACCUCCUCCUUUUGUCCCUGACCCUAAAGUGGUGUACGCUAAAAGUCUGGAUGACGUUGGGGCUUUCUCCUCAGUGAAGGGAGUGACCUUGGAUGAUCCUGACAAGACCUUUUUUGACGAGUUCUCCUCAGGCAACAUCCCCAUCCCCUGGCAAGAGGAGAUGAUCGACAUGGGCAUUUAUGGAGAGCUCAACGUUUGGGGUCCUGAAGGCAGCAUCCCCAACGACCUCCGCAGGGAGUCCAUACUAGAGCAGCCAAAGUCAUCAACCUGCUGCAUAUCGUAGAGUCAUUGAAACACCUUAAAAAUACAUCAACCAUACAGUGUACAGACUUGUAGUUUUCUAGAACAUGUGGCAUGAGGACUCAAAUACUCAGGACAGACCCAAGUCUCUUUUCUGAUUAAAGUGUCAGACUGAGACUGAACCUUUAUUGGUGAGUGCAGGAAACAACAGAAUGGAGGUGGAUUUUCAACCUGGAAUGGGCUUAAGCAUAAAUUUAGUUUGGAAAAAAAGAAAGUAUUCAUCGUCUUUGUCCCCUCUCUCUCUCUGUUUAAUUUCUUCUCUUUGUGUGUGCAUGUGUUAAAUCAAUGUAAUGCUUUUAGAUUUAAAAUGCAUUUUAAGUCACUUUUUUAAGCAGAAGUUUAGUUUUGUGGUAUGUUUGGUGCUAAGUGACAUGUUGAACAUGUAAAAUGUUUAUAUGGUAAAUGUGCUCCUUUAGAGUGUAUGCCAUUUAAUGAAAAGUGAUUCUGUUCAUUUAUGAGUUUACUGUCCUUAGUUUUGACUAUACACAGCUAAUUUAAUUGCUGCUGUUGAAAUACUAAAAGCUAAGACAACAGAAACGCAAAGUUUCAUGAUUUUGGAAAAUAUUUUCUUAUGUUUAUUUCAUGAUUCAUCAUUGACUCCCUGCACAAAUAGCCAACCUUUCAUAAAGGUUUAUGUAGUGUCGUUGUGAGACAAAUUUGAAUAUAGAUAAUUUUAACAGCAAAUCAAUUUAAUUUUCAAAACAGAUUGUUUAGCAAAAGUGGAAUAAAGUCAGACAUCAAAUGUAUGAAAAGUUACUGGCAAAUAAAAUA